GUCUGUACUCAACUCUCUACUGUGGCCAAAGGCAUCAACUUUCACCUUAACGACCAACGAACAACCAGUCAUCAGCUUCGGAUCACCGUCGAUCAUCAAACCCAAAACGCAAAUUCCCAAUGAAAUUCUCCUCAUCAUCUUCUUCAAUUACAUGAAAUUAGCUCAAACUCAAUCUUAAUUUGAAAGCAGCAGCUUGUAACAUCUACUCCUCGAUUCAAUUUCAUCAUGCUCGCCAAGUUAUUCCAGAAAAACAACCCCCAAGAUCCACCCUCUCCUAAGAUGGUGGAGGGAAGUGUGGAAAAAGGAGUGCUGAGACCUCAAGAUAUAAAUCCAAGGAUUGACGUUCACUUUGGGAUCCCUUCUACAGCUUCCAUUCUUGCUUUUGAUCCCAUUCAAAGCCUCUUAGCUGUUGGAACUCUGGAUGGUAGGAUAAAAGUGAUUGGUGGUGAUAACAUUGAAGGGCUUCUUCUGUCUCCUAAGGAAUUACCUUUUAAGAACUUGGAGUUCCUGCAAAACCAAGGUUUCCUAGUCAGUAUCACGAGUGAAAAUGAGAUUCAGGUGUGGGAUUUGGAGCAAAGGCAACUAGCUUCAACUUUAAAAUGGGAGUCCAAUUUAACUGCCUUAUCUGUUAUUGGUGGCUCAAGUUACAUGUAUGUUGGAGAUGAGUACGGGAUGGUGUGUGUGUUAAAAUAUGAUUCUGAAGAAGGAAAACUUAUCCAGCUUCCAUAUUAUGUUCCCUCAGAUUCAAUAGCUGAAGCAUCCGGGAUGUCCUCCCCUUAUAAUCACUCUGUUGUUGGACUGCUUCCUCAACCUGCAUCUCAAGGAAAAAGAAUUUUGAUUGCAUAUGAUGAUGGCUUGAUUACUAUCUGGGACGUUUCUGAAGAUAAAGUCAUUCUGAUUAAAGGCAAUAAAGAUCUCCAAUUGAAGAGUAAAACGUUAACUGAUUUUCAGAAAGGCAUGGGACAGGAGCUUUGUGAUGAUGUAUCAGAAGAUGAACACAUGGAGAAAGAAAUAAGUUCUCUUUGUUGGGUAUCUACAGAUGGGACAGUUCUUGCUGUUGGGUACAUCGACGGAGAUAUAAUGUUGUGGAACCUAUCAACCAUGGCUUCUAAUAAUAAAACUGAAAAAUCAUCAACUGAUGUUGUCAAGCUGCAAUUAUCCUCUGUUGACAGAAGACUCCCUGUUAUUGUUUUGCAUUGGUCUGCAGACAGUUCACACAAUAAUUCCUGUGGUCGAAUUUUUGUCUAUGGUGGAGAUGCAAUUGGGUCCGAAGAAGUUCUGACGAUUUUGAGCAUUGAUUGGUCUUCUGGGAUAGAAAAUCUUAAGUGCAUUGGGCGAAUAGAUCUUACUCUUAAUGGUUCCUUUGCUGAUUUGGCUUUAUUACAAAAUGAUGGUAUAAGCAAAACCAGAGGUGCUUUCAUAUUGACAAACCCAGGCCAGCUGCAUUUUUAUGAUGAUGCUUGCUUUGCUUCCUUAAUGUCCCAGCAACAGAAACAAAAUUCUGUUUCUUCAUUGGAGUAUCCUGCAGUCAUACCUGUUCUUGAACCAUGCAUGACAGUGGGAAAGCUGGGUUUCAUAUGUAGAGAUGAGAAAUUCUCGAAGGCUUUCUCUAAGACAAUUUCUGCUGCUAAACUUCAGGAAGCACAGACACCAAGAAGUACAAAAUGGCCUCUGACUGGUGGGAUUCCUAGCCAACCUCUCAAUGUGGAAAAUUAUCAGGUCGAGAGAUUAUAUAUAGCAGGUUACCAAGAUGGAUCUGUCAGAAUAUGGGAUGCCACACAUCCAACCUUUUCACUGCUUUAUAUCUUAGGAACUGGGGUGAAAGGUAUCAACAUAGCUGGUGCAAAUGCUUCAGUAUCUGCAUUGGAAUUUUGCCCAUUCACUUUAAGUUUAGCUAUUGGCAAUGAACUUGGUAUGAUUUCUCUAUAUAAGCUAAUGGGGAGUACAGAUGAAACACAUUUGUAUAUUGUCAAAGAAACUGAAAGAGAAGUUCACACUUUGAACAAAGGGGAUAGGCCUCACUGCACAGCUGUCUUUUCUUUUCUCAAUUCUCCAAUAUCCACCUUACAGUUUGCAAAUUAUGGAACCAGACUUGCUGUGGGAUAUCACUGUGGCAAGGUGGCAAUGCUGGAUAUUAGUGCAUUAUCAGUGUUAUUUCUCACCGACAGUGUAUCCAACUCUAGGUCACCUGUAAAGUCUCUGGCUGUGACGUCAAUGUCAGAUACUAUUAGCUCAAAGAGUAAUCCAGAGCACAUUGAGUCCAAAAGCAAUGCAGAUUAUGUGAAGUGGGAAUUGUUUGCUACGACCAAAGAUGCACAUUUUGCUAUUAUAGAUGGCAACACUGGUAGUUUAGUAUGCUCUCAAUCACUACAACCUGAAAAGGAAUUGUCUAUAAUUUCAACUCAUACCCUAGAUGGUGGCAACUUAAUCUCUAGAGCCUCCAGCAAAAAUGAUCCAUUAAAUUCAAAUCAAAAGAAUGAGACUAAAAGUGAACCUGAUCAGGGUGUCACUCGCAGUGGAAGUACUCCACUUGAAGUUGACAGUGAAACAUCUCCUCGAACUGCCUAUUCUAGGCAGAGGGUAGAAAAUAUUCUUCUUCUGCUUUGUUGUGAGGAUGCAUUGCAUUUAUACUCUAUGAAGUCUCUGAAAGAGGGUGAUAUCAAUCCUAUUCGAAAGAUGAAUCUUUUGAAACCAUGUUGCUGGACUGCAACUUUCAAGAAGGAUGAUAAAGAAUGCGGGCUCAUUGUCCUGUAUCACACUGGUGUGGUUGAAAUAAGGUCUUUGUCAGAUCUUGAAGUGGUAGGAGAAAGCUCAUUAAUGUCGAUUCUGAAGUGGAAUUAUAAGACUAACAUGGAGAAGACUAUGUGUUCAUCUGACACUGCACAGAUUAUACUGGUAAAUGGGUGUGAAUUUGCUUCUGUUUCUCUUCUGCCCUGUGAAAAUAUCUUCAGGAUUCCAGAAUCAUUGCCGAUCCUCCAUGAUAAAGUCCUUGCUGCUGCUGCUGAGGCCACUGUCAGUUUAUCUCCCAGUCAGAAGAAAACACAGGUUUCUCCUUCUGGGAUUCUAGGUGGUUUCAUUAAGGGCCUCCAGGCUGGAAAAGGGGAACAGAAUGUUGAUCUUCCUGAAGUUUGCAACAAUAACUUAGCACAUUUAGAGAUCAUAUUUUCCAGUCCUCCAUUCUUAAAGCCUUCUCUGGACAUAACUGAUAACCAGAAAGUCUUGGAGCUGAACAUAGACGACAUUCAUAUCGAUGAACCUCUAGUUGUCUUGCCUUCGUCAGAGAUGAGCAAGAAAGAUACAAAAGAUAAAGGAACAGAAAGGGAUAGAUUAUUUGAGGGUACAACUUCUGAUUCAAAGCCAAGACUUAGAACAGCUGAAGAAAUUAAGGCCAAAUAUAGGAAGGAGGAUGCUUCUGCUGCAGCUGCACGAGCAAGGGACAAGCUUGCAGAACGUGGGGAAAAACUCGAGAGGCUCAGUCUGCAAACCGAAGAGCUGGAAAGUGGGGCUCAAGACUUUGCAUCAAUGGCACAUGAACUUGCCAAACAAAUGGAGAAACGAAAAUGGUGGAACAUAUGAGAGUCUCAUACAUAUAAGUUCCAAGUUGUGGUUGGAUUCAUUAACCAGCUUCACUUUCUUACAAACAGUGUUUCAUCUUUCAUUCUUUUAUGGUUGGAUGUAAUUGUAUAUCCUAAAGGAUGACCUAUAAGGUCUAUGAUAUCUUUUAGGUCUUUUUUUAUUCAUUGGUCUUUGAUUGUAAGUAAAAUUAUAAAAAAAAAUAAAUUUUUUGAAAAUUUAAUUA